AUGAAGCACUGUGUGCUAUUGUCGCUGUUGUUGGUGUUGGCGGCGUGUGUGCACAUCCACAGUGCACCGGUGAACACUACUGACCUGGAGCAGGGGUCGUGUGAAGACCCAUCAGCAUUGGGUGCUGCAAAACUGGCUCUCACCAAGAUCAACCUGGACCGGAAGACUGGCUACAUCUUUAGCCUUCACCGCCUGUCCAACGUGUACUUGGCAAAACAUGAAGAGGUUGGUGUGGUUUUCUAUCUAACUCUGGAUGUUGAGGAGACCAACUGCAGUGUUGUCAGGAGAAAGAAGGACUUGAGCACUUGUGUGAUUCGUCCCACCCCUGAAACACCGGUAUAUGGACAGUGUAAAGCUAUCAUCUACAUCAGUAAGCCACACAAAGUUGUGCGUCUCUACAAAUAUGGAUGUGUUGUCAGACCAGUUCCUGCAGCUAGGGUGAAUAGCAUAUGUCCUGACUGUGCAUCUUUAGUCGACAAUAAAAACACAAAGGUUCAGAAGGCUGUGACUCUCUCACUGGAGAAGUUCAACAAGGAGAAUGAGCUGGGCAAUCUAUUCGCUCUGCACGCUGUUACUCGCGCUACUGCCGGACAUGGAACAGGGAUGAAUUACUAUGUAGAGUACACCAUCCAGGAGACCAUCUGUAACAAGAGCACAGAAGCAAACAUGGCUGAUAAGUGCCGCCUCAUGGACUGCGAGUUCGCUCACGAGGGCUUCUGUAAGGGCUCCCUCAUCCACACUUCCACUAAUGAGGAUACAGUCAAUGUAGUGUGUGAGAUCUAUGAGUCUGAGGCUGCUGAGAGAGAGAAGGAAAACCACCUGCUGGGUGAAGAGCUUGACCACAGCCACAAUGAUACACACAGGCAUGACCACGCAAAAGACCAUGACCACACCAAAGACCAUGACCACGCACACAACCAUGACCACGCAAAAGACCAUGACCACACCAAAGACCAUGACCACGCAAAAGACCAUAACCACACCAAAGACCAUGACCACGCACACAACCAUGACCACGCAAAAGACCAUAACCACACCAAAGACCAUGACCAGAACCACCACCAUAACUACCAUCAUGAGGAAGGAACACACACUCAUGAGCACGACCAUGAGCGUGCCCUGGAUCACGACCACAAGCACAGUCACUUGCAUGAGCAUGAGCACCACCAUCAUCACCACAAACAUGAGCAUAAAUCCGCACCCCAUGACCACCCAGUGGGCACAGUGAGGAUACUGCCCUCCAUUGAUAAGCCCAUGACCCUGCCCCAUCAUCACCACAAACCUGAGCAUGAGUUCGCACCCCAUGACCACCCAGUGGGCACAGUGAGGAUACUGCCCUCCAUUGAUAAGCCCAUGACCCUGCCUUCCUUCCCCGAUGUCCCUGUUGGUGACAUUGGAGUCACCCUGAACCUCAGGCCUGACCCCCAAAUCCCUGGACAUUUUGAACCAAACAUCCUGAACUUCCCCACUUCACUCUCAGCACAGUGUCACCCUCCAACUGAGGGAACCACCCUGGUGGAGAAACUCUUCAUUGAAGACCCCAUGUUCAAGCCGGCUGCAUAAGAUGGCCUGUGCAGCUCAACAGGGAACUUAAUGGACCAUAAAAACUGAAAGACAGACUUAAAUGUGCUAAAGAAAGAACAGUCCUCUUUAACAGCGGACACGUUUGCAUUUAACACAU